AUGAAGUUCCUCCUCUUCGCCUCGACGGCCUUGGCCCUCGCCAGGCGCCAGGGCGACGUGCUCUCGGCCGACGUUGCCGCCAUUGUCACGAGCGUCACGGCUCUCCAGACACGGGUCAACGAGUUCCAGGGCGCGGCGCAGGCGGACGCCUUGAUCGCCGCCUCCAACGGCGUGGUCGCGGCCAUCAAGAAGGGUACUGCGGAUGCCCGUGCCUCUCCGUCGUUGAGCCAGGACGAGGCGUUUGGACUCGUCCCGCCGCUGCAAAACCUGAUUGGCGUUGUCAACAAGACCGUCGGUGAUUUGGUCGCCAAGAAGCGCGUCUUUGCUGACUCUGGCCGCGGCUGCGAGGUCUACCCGCAGCUCGUGGAGCAGAGGGUCGACUCCCAGGCCUUUUCUGAUGCCCUCGUCGCCAAGGUUCCCGACGCGUUGAAGGGCAUUGCUGGCCAAAUCUCUGCUCCCAUCUUGAAGAGUCUGGCUGAUGGUGCCGCCGCGUUCAAGGACGUCGUGUGUGCUGCCACCUCGACCAGCGCCACGCAGUCUGCUACUAUUUCCGUCUCGUCAACCGCCUCUUCUGCCGGCUCUGUCACCACGACUGGCGGCGGCACGUCCGUUUCGUCUCCGGCUUCCACGUCUGGCGCGCAGACUGGUAGCGCUUCCGGAACCGCCACCGAGCCCGGGUCUGCUACCGGCACCAAGACGUCUGGCACCGCGACAGGUACCACCGCGACUGGCUCCAAGACUCGCACUGGUUUCGGUACAGCUACGGCUACCGCCUCCGAGUCUUGCGGUGAGACUACCACUGUGCAAGUACCUGUGACGGAGACUAUCCCUUGCACCACGACUGGGGGUUCCGGUUCUCACCCAACUGGUGGUCCUGGAUCUCAACCCUCCAGUGGUUCUGGCCCCCAACCCACUGGCGGCUCCGGUUGCCCAGGCUGUGCUCCUGGACAAACCAGCCCCGGAUCCGGAUCUGGCCCCCAUCCCACCAGCACCCUUGUCCCUAUCCCAUCAGGUGGCGAAGGCGGCCACGGAGGCAGCGGAGGAAAUGGAGGAAGCGGAGGCAGCGGUGGAAGCGGCGCUCACCCGUCCCCCAGCUCUCCUGUCAUAGUCGCCGGCGCUCCCCGGGGUGAAAUCCCCCUCGCCGUACAUGUAGCCAUGGCUGCCAUUGUGGGUGCAGUGGGUGCUGCUCUCUAA